AUGACCGCCGCCGAAAAGACUGUUCUUAUCACGGGCGCCACCCGUGGACUUGGGCUCACGUUUGCCAAGCACUACAUGAAGGCUGGCUGGAAAGUCAUCGGAACGGCACGCAACCCAGCGACCUCAAGGCGCUAUCGCCCUUUGCAGCUGGACACGUACAAUGAAGCUUCGAUCACUCAAAUGGCCAAGGAUCUCGAUGGCGUCCCCAUCGACCUGCUUAUCAACAACGCCGGUAUCGUGGAGCCAGGAUCGUACGCCACGGCCACUAAGGAGCAUUUCAUGCGCCACUUCGAGAUCAACUCGCUAGGUCCGUUCCUCACCACGCGUGCACUGCAUGACAAUCUCAAGCUGGCUGCCGAUGCUCACGGACUUGCGAUCGUGGCUUCUGUCACGAGCAUCCUCGGAAGUAUCGAGGUGAACCUGGACGGGGCCUUUGCCCCUCUACUACGACAAUCACAAGCUACCGAACGGCGAGAUGUACGGCUAUCGCGCGUCCAAGUCGGCGCUUAA